AUCAUCUCUUCAUCCUUUUAAGCAAGCAAGACAAGAACAGAAGACACAGGUAGCGGUUACUGGAAAAGUGUUUUUCUUGGUGAUUUAAGUUUCUCUCUUUCCACCAGGAGGGGCGACUCUUGUAAACAUGAGCAUCUCUGCCAACCUCAGCAUGAUGUCUGGAAACCAAACACAAGGAAAUAACACAAACUGUAAACUUUACCAUGACGACAGGACCUUCCAGGUGGUUCCAGUUUAUAUCCUCGUCAUAGCUGUGCUGGGAAUAGUCCUUAAUGUGUUCGUGUUGAUGGUGUUCUGUCUCCACAAGAAAGCCUGCACCGUGCCUGAGAUCUACUUGAGCAACCUGGCAGCUGCUGACCUGGUCCUGGUGUCCUGUUUGCCUUUCUGGGUCGUUAAUGUUUCAAGGAAAUUCGUUUGGACUUUUGAUGAAUCCUUGUGCAAAAUUGUCAAUGUGGGGAUUGUAAUGAAUGCUUACUGCAGCAUCUACUUCCUGGUUCUGGUGAGCAUAGAUCGUUAUAUGGCUCUUGUACACCCGAUGACCCAAAUGAGAAUGCGCCGACCUUCUUAUGCUAAACUUGGAUGUUUGCUGGUGUGGGGUCUGGGCUUUCUCCUGAGUCUCCCCUCACUCAUCUUUAGGAAACUAGGUUUUGAGGGAAAUGUUACGAGAUGCUAUAUUGAUUAUCCAAAAAAUACGUAUGUGCUGUUUGAGCUUAUGCUCUUCAUAUUCAGUUUCUGCAUACCUAUUGCCAUUAUUUCCUUCUGCACAAUCAAAAUUAUCAAAGUACUGACGAACAGGCUAAUUGAAGGUUUAGAGUCUCAAAACACAGACCAGAAGGCCACCACUCUGCUCUUGGCGGUCCUUUUGGCGUUCCUGAUCUGCUGGGUGCCUUUCCACCUGACUAAGAUGCCAACGAUACUUAGUAAAAUGGGCAUUAUAACAAAAUGCUCCGUCCUUUACGUCCUGCUCAUCUGCCGACAGACCUUCACCUACUUUGCCUUCUUCAACAGCGUUCUCAACCCCAUUCUCUACGUCAUUGUUGGCAAAAACUUCAGGAAAAAAACGAAGGAACUCUUUAAGCAGCGGAGUGUGAGAAAAUCAACAUCUAGGUUCACCAGUGCUCGCUCCUACCUCUCAAGAAGUACUACUACAACUCAACUCAAGACCUGACUGCUUGAUUGCAGUGGUGUAUUUUUUUUUUCUCAACGAAAUGUUUGAACUAUUAUUAUUAUUAUUAUUAUUAUUAUUAUUAUUAUUAUUAUUAUUAUUAUUAUUAUUAAUAAUAAUAAUAAUAAUAAUAAUAAUAAUAAUAAUAUCUAUCCAGAUAUAGUAUGUAAAAAUAUCAAAUAUAUUCCUUGUAUUAUUUUAAUUUUUUAUUAUUAUUUUAUUUUUUUAUCCCCACAUUUUUUUUCCAGUGUUCCUACCUACAGUAAGUGUCAAUCUUCCGCCACUGUGCCCCAUGUAUGUAUUCCUACUUACGUAGUUUUCCUUAGUUGUGAUCACUGUUUCUCAGAAAGUCGUAAGGUUGAAUAGAUAUCCAAGAGUGUGGCUGAACUUGUUUGAUCUUUCUCUUUGAUAGUGUGAUCCAAAUAAAAAAUGACAAGGCUCUGGAGGUGGGAAGAUUAGUUUUCAGAUAGAAGAAAGGUGCCCUCCAAUGAACUAGCAGCCUGUCCGGGGUAUACCCCUCUGAAAGCUGGGAUGUGCUCCAGCAGACACCCAUGACCCUGCAUUGGAAUAAGGUUGUAUGGAUAAUGGAUGGAAGAAAGGAUGUCUUUACUUUUAUUAACCAUAUAUGUUAAACAUAACAGUCAUUUCCUUUUAAACACAUAUUAAUGUAAACCUCCAAAAUCAAAUUUGUCUAUUUCCACAUUUAAAAUGUUUUGCACUGCAAAUUUUGACAGUUCUUCCAGAGAGCUUAACUCACACGUCUAUAUUGCAUCAACCAACUGAAGUAAAAAUCUGAACUUUAGAGUAUGAACAGCAGACAUCAGUUAUAAUAGGCGGUACCAAAUGUGCCUACAGCUGACACUUUAAAAUAGCUGUUUAAGAGCCAGUCAAAUUCUAUGGGUCCAAAUUUACAAAUGUGAAAAGCCAAAUGCUGAUGAAAUUUUAAGACUUGACUAUAAUGCAUGUUGUUUAGUAUGUGUUAACAUCAUCUCUAUUCUAUCAGUGAUUCUAACAGUUCCAGCCUCAUUAAAAGGUUGGGAAAAAAAACACUUCUUUACUUUGCAUCAUCUGCGGACGGCACUGAGGAAAAAUUGGCUAUUAUUGGUCGACUAAAAAUUUAAGGGCUGGCCAAUUUUGUUAAUUGUACAUGUUUGAACUUCAAAGAACUAAGCUCAGUUGAUUGUUCAGACAGCCUCCGAUGUAUGUUGGAAAAUUUGGUCCAAGGAGAGCUUUGAUGAAAGAAUUAAAAUGAGACAUUACUGUAUGUGGCUGUGAAUAUUCUUCUGCUCAUAAAAUAUACAUUUGUGAAAUAAUCAAUCCUUCUGCUAAUCCUUCUUGGAGCCUAUGAUUCUUGUGUUUGAAUUAACCUAAAGUUAUAUAUGUUCUGCUCAACAAACCAGUUAAACUCAUGGGUGUAGUCAUUUCAGAUCUAAUGUGGGUCUAGACAUCCUGUUUACAUGUAGUACUUUACAGGACAUGGGUCUCAAAUUACAUGACUGUUUGUUCUGCCACUGACAUCCAGAGUUGUUUGAUUAGAAAUGCUUUCUGAUAUAACAAUCGACGUAUCUGCUACAUAAUUAACCAGCAUUAUCACAUGUGUAUUGUAUUUCAGUCGUAAUGGACUCCAAUUAAGAUAAUGAAAGUGAUUCACAAAAAAGAAAAAAAAAUGUGACUCCAUCUUGUGAUGGCUUAGAGCAGGGGUGUCCAAAGUCGGCCCUCGAGGGCCGGUGUCCUGCAUGUUUUAGAUGUCUCCUUGCUUCAACACACCUGAUUCAAAUUAACAGUCGUCACCAGCUUGCCAUCAAGGUCUGGACAACUCUGUUGGUGAUACAGCUACUUUUAUCACGGUGUCUCUGAAGCAGGGUAACAUCUAAAACAUGCAGGACACCGGCCUUCGAGGACCGACUUUGGACACCCCUGGCUUAGAGGUAAAAACCAGAAAACAAGUCCUACCAUCCUUUGAAUCCAAAAGUACAUAUGCAUGCAUCUGCAUUUGUUGUAUACUGUUUAAUAUUCACAGAAAUAUAAUUUGCUGUUAUAUAUUUCCUUAUUUUUUUUAAUAAAUGUGUGUGAAUCAAACCUUAUAAUAA